AGCUCUAAACGCAUGGGAGGUGGAGUUCUCGUUGCCGUAAAGAAGACGCUUUCUUCUGUGCAGCUCAGCAUCUGUGAUAGCUGCUUGGAACAAGUAUGGGUCAAGCUCGACUUCAACAACAAGUGCCUAUACAUUUCUUCGUUUUACCUUCCUCCUGAUAAGACGAACGAUUCACAAGUCAUUGAAUCUCAUCUAAAGUCAGUACGUGAAAUUGACUCCUGUAGUUCCUGUGACGACACAAUUCUCAUUUUUGGUGAUUACAACUUCUCUGAAAUCCAUUGGAUGAAGGAUGAGCAAGGUUCAGUUACAAUUGACUAUUCAAACUCUUCUCUAAACCAUGCACGUUAUUCGACAAUUGAUGGAAUGGCCUUCUGCAAUCUGCAUCAGAUCAAUCCAACUAAAAAUCUAAAAGGACAUACUCUUGAUUUGGUUUUUUCCAACUCAAUUGACUUCUCUGUGUCUGAAACCAACGAUAUACUUAUCGCACCGGACUUGCAUCACCCACCGCUUGAAAUACUCUUACCAUUUUACGUUGAGGAUGUAUGCACCAAUGAUGAAGAUCAGCAGCUGGAUUUCAAAAAGACAAAUGUUGAUGCUCUCGUAACAUAUCUCAGCCUCUUUGACUGGUCACCAAUGUACAACUGCAGUGAUGUGGAUCAAGCUACUGCCUAUUUUCUAUGUGUGCUGAAUAACUGGUUAGACGAACAUGUUCCAAUUAAACGUAAGCCACGGCUACCUCCCUGGGAAAAUCACGAAUUGCGGACCCUCAAGCGCAGAAAGAAUGCAGCGCUACGUAAACUGCGAAAAUUUCGUACACCGCUCCUGAGAACCGAGUUUAAGAUUAUCAGCAGAGCUUAUACGACGAUGAACACCUAUCGCUACCGUGGUUUUGUUCUGAGAACUCAAAACCAUCUCCGUCGUAAUCCGAAAUCAUUUUGGGCUUUUGUCAACAGCAAACGAAAAGACUACGGCUUUCCAGUGAACAUGUUCUUUGGGGAUAAGCACUGUACUACGGCUAGUGAUAAAUGUUCGUUUUUUGCUGAACGCUUCUGUAGUGUGUUCAACAAUACAUCAUGUACCGAUUUUGAACUGAAACAAGCAACCAAUAAUGUUGCUACAGACGCUGUGGAUAUUGAUGUUUUUGAAGUAACCGACUCGAUGAUCGUACGCGCUACAGACAAGUUAAAAAGUUCCUAUAAACCUGGUCCGGAUGGUAUCCCUGCGGUAAUCUACAAGAAGUGUGCCGAGUGCCUUCUCGCGCCGUUACGGUUUAUUUUCAACCUAUCUUUGAGGCAACGUAAGUUUCCAGAGAUUUGGAAAAGCUCCAUAAUGUUUCCAGUAUUUAAAAAAGGAUCGAAAAGGGACAUCUCCAACUAUCGUGGGAUAACAUCAUUGAGUGCUGGGUCUAAGAUCUUCGAGAUAGUCGUAAAUGAGUACUUGUUUUUUAAAGUUAAACAAUACAUUUCGUCCGACCAACACGGCUUCUUUCCACGAAGAUCUGUAACAUCGAACCUGGUUGAAUUUACUACAACGUGCCUCACCAGUAUUGAGCAAGGACUGCAAGUUGAUGCGGUUUACACCGACCUCACCGCCGCCUUCGACCGGAUCAAUCAUCACAUUCUUUUGGAGAAAAUCAGGAAAAUUGGCGCAUCUGAUAAUUUUGUAAUGUGGCUUAAAAGCUACCUUGUUGGGCGUAAACUUCGAGUAAGAAUUGGAUCUUGCUGUUCGCGGGAAUUCUCAUGCACAUCAGGAGUUCCCCAAGGAAGCAAUCUAGGGCCAUUAUUGUUCUCCAUUUUCUUCAAUGACGUCACGAGUAUUCUUCCUCAUGGCUGCAGACUACUGUUUGCUGAUGACCUUAAAAUCUACGUCGUCAUUCGGAGUAAAAACGACUGCCUAUUGCUGCAAACUUUAAUGAAUGAAUUUGCUGCUUGGUGUUCACGCAAUCAUAUGUCGCUGAGCAUUUGUAAAUGUUCAGUGAUCUCGUUCCAUAGAAAGUUGAACCCUGUGAUAUUUAACUAUAAGAUAAAUGAUAUUCCACUUGAAAGAUCAUCAGUUGUAAGAGAUCUGGGGGUCUUGUUGGACAGUAAUCUCACAUUUAACCAGCAAAGGAGCUCUGUCAUUGAUAAGGCCAACCGCCAGCUUGGUUUUAUUUUCAAAAUUUCUCGUGAAUUCAAGGAUCCCUAUUGUUUGAAAUCUCUUUUUUGCUCACUUGUACGAUCGAUAGUCGAAACUGCUGAUGUUGUAUGGACUCCGUAUCAGUCUACAUGGAUUGAACGUAUCGAAGGCAUUCAAAAACGUUUUCUUCGACAUGCCCUCGCUAACCUACCAUGGAGGGACCCAGCCAAUUUACCGCCCUACCGAGAUCGUUGCCGGUUACUCAACUUGGAUACAUUAGAGCACCGACGUCACGUGAACCAAGCAAUUUUUGUUGCCAAGCUUUUGAAAGGAGACAUUGAUUCUUGUACGCUUCUUUCCUUACUUCCUGUUUAUGUUCCUCCAAGGGCCCUUCGUAAUCACACUCUCCUGCGCCCCAGUCUGCAUAUGACUAACUAUGGAAGUUACGCGCCGUUUCCUGCGAUGAUUAACGAAUUCAAUAAAGUGCAGCAGCUUUUUAAUUUUAACAUGUCGUUAGCCAGCUUUAGGGAUAAGGUUCUUGCUUUAAAUUUAUAA